AUGACUCAACCAAUUCCCACAUCGUACGCACCGGUUGCAGAAGGGAAUCCCAAAGCUCCCGCGAUCCAGCUACCCGAUGGCACCGUCCAGACGUCGGCGCUUCUAGUCCCGAAUAAUCAAUCCGCUCACUAUCGCAGCGGCCAUGUCAACUUGGAUACUUUCUCGCCUGUCAAUGAAAAUGGGAGCUUUGAAUUCGAUCGGGUCCUGAAGACUGGAAAGGUGUUUCGUCGCGUGAAGCACAAACAUGCAUUCAGGGCCUCCUGGAAACCGGCAUAUCUCGUUCUACGUCCCAACCUUCUGUCGGUAUACAAGGAUGAGGAGGCCACGAGGCUCCGAGCCUCUAUCACGUUGUCUGAGGUCACGGCCGUUGCGUCGGUCAGGUCCCCCAGAUCCAACCGACAGCACGUUUUUGGCGUUUUCUCGCCGUCGAAGAAUUAUCGCUUCCAGGCAUCUUCGGAAAAAGAGGCCGAAGCUUGGAUUCGACACAUUCGAUCAGAAACCCGCAUGGACGAAGACGAAGAGGCCUUCCUCGCCUUAUCAAAGAAUAGCGACACCGCCGGAAACAACAAGCGCCGCAUCUAUGACACCACCGACCACUCCGAUUUUGAUCAGCGCGGACGACCAAGUUCUCCGGAAGUCGGAGAUUCAUUGUCACCCACUUACCAUUCGAGGCGUUUCGCCUCGCCCCAUGAUCACUCGGGAAAUGAUAUCACGUCAUAUUCAGAAUGGUCCGAUGGCCCUGGGAACAACAACGGCGUUGGCAUGACAUCGCCUUCCAUUCAAAACCAGCCUGCAUCACUUCAUAGCGACGGCCCUUCCUCGAUUCCGCGCAAUGAGUCCGCAGUCCUACGUGACCCGGAGAGAGUUGUAUGCAACGGGUAUCUUCAAUGCCUCAAAAUCAAGGGAUCUAUGCGCCACUGGAAGCGACUAUGGGUUGUGCUGCGCCCGAAAAGCCUUGGUUUCUAUAAAGACGAACAGGAAUACUCCGCCGUCAAAGUCAUACCCAUGGCACAGGUGAUCGACGCUGCUGAAGUCGACCCUAUGUCACGUUCGAAACACUUCUGUCUUCAAAUCAUCGCGGAAGAAAAGUCGUAUCGACUAUGCGCACCAGAUGAAGAAUCUCUUGCAAAGUGGCUAGGUGCUUUGAAGAGCAUUCUCGUCGCCCGCAAGAAACUGGAGCCUGCGCCCGGAGCAGCAGGCCUCCGUUAA